AUGUCGCUGAUGUUUGUGAAGCAAGCCAUCUUUGACUGGCAUCUGGAUGAGAAGAUUCUGAAUGUUGGCCUCAUUGUCUUCACCCUGUCACGUCCACAAGCAACAGCAACACCCACACAUGCACUAUCAACUACCCUGGAUAGAACACAGUGUGCUAAUCUCCUGGCAUCGGAUAUAAAGUACUUGUGUGUGCGUGCCCUGCAAUGCGUAGACUCUGCCGAUGGUCCAGAGCAGCAGGUGACCACUCUAGCCGACGCCGAGUGGUACUGGGGAAAGAUCAGCAGGGAGGAAGUGACAGAGAAACUGCGCGAUACACCUGACGGGUCGUUCUUAGUCCGCGAUGCAUCAAGAGUUCAAGGCGAAUACACACUCACAUUGAGGAAGAGCGGUGUGAACAAGCUGGUGCGCAUCAUGCAUCGCGGUGGCAAGUAUGGCUUCUCCGAGCCGCUCACUUUCAACACAGUGCCUGAGCUGGUGCAGUUCUAUUCGUACCACUCUCUGGCGCACUACAACCCACGUCUUGACGUGAAGCUCAUGUACGCCGUGAAGAGAUUCGCAGAGAAGGGUGAAGACAAUGAGGCCAACAUUCAGAAUCUUCUCAUCCAGCUGCACCAGGCCAACACAAAGUAUGAUCACCAGAAUACGGAGUACAACGCCUUCAACGAAUCCUACAAUAUAUCACUAACGACUAUUCAAACAUGCCAGUCAAAGAUGGCUUGCUUCACAAACAUCAGCGACAUGCUGACCGACCAGCUGAAACUCAGCGAGAAGCUUAUACAGCCGUCGAUCAAGCACAACGAGCGAUCAGAGUUACAGAAGAACAAUGUCCUGAUCAAAACCAGACUGGAGACGAUUCGUCAGAGGAAACAGGAGUUCAGCACGCAGCAUCAAGAGGCUAUGUUAGAGAAUCGACGUCUCGACCGCGUCAUGAACACCCUGUCGCCGGAGAUCAUGUGCUUGCAGCGACGGAGGACGCAGCUGAUGAUGUGGCUGGGACAGCAGAAUCUCUCCAGCGAGGAGAUUCACCGACGCCUGGGACAGCUGUCCAAGCAGGGUUCGGUCACAAGAGGCGACGUACACCAGCCCCACGCCGAGGAUACGUCUCACCGGGACAAGUCCAAAGAGUUUGAGGAGCUCUACUACUCCACUGAUGACCUCCGCAAACAAAUGGAGAUGCACAUCGCUGAGACACAGAGCAAGCACCGCAAGUAUGACCAGAGCACAUGGUUUGUUGGCAAACUGUCCAGAGAGGAGUCUUAUCAGCUGCUGAGCAAGGGCAAGCGAGAUGGCACAUUCCUUGUGCGCUCACGUGACCCGAAGCAGGGCGACCGACACACGCACACCAUUGACAUAUUCUACAAAUCCAUGAAACAUAUCAAGAUCUACCAUCAAGAGGACGUUGGCUACGGCUUUUCCGAGCCGUUCCGCUUCCCGACCUUGAUGGACCUUGUCUUGAACUACAGCGAAGAGCAACUGGCUCGGCAUAAUUCUGAGCUGCCCACAACUCUUGCAUAUCCUAUCUAUGGCAAGUAAUAGCCGGCGAAUCCCUUGGCUGGUCGUCAGGAUUUGCUUUUAGUUUUUUUUUUAGAUAAAUCUGUAGAUGCUUUCUCUCUCUCUCUCUCUUUCUCUCUCUCUCUCUCUCUCUCUCUCUCUCUCUCUCUCUCUCUCUCUCUCUCUCUCUCUCUCUUUCUCUCUCUCUCUCUCUCUCUCUAUCUCUCUAUCUCUCUCUCUCUCUCUCUCUCUCUCUCUCUCUCUCUCUCUCUCUCUCUCUCUCUCUCUCUCUCUCUCUCUCUCUCUCUCUCUCUCUCUCUCUCUCUCUUCGUAGUGAGAAAGUGCAAGUGUGCAUGUUGAACACCUUUUUUUAAUUAUGUUGCUGUGGUCUGCAAUGCCACAGUAGCUAGCUCGACUUUUCUUUCUUCUCUUCCUCUCUCUCUCUCUCUCUCUCUCUUUCUCUUGCCACAAUCUAAUGUCGUGUUUGCCAGCCAAUGGUUGAAAAGGACGUUGAGUGCAUCAUGGUGUUCAGUAGAUGCAUCAAAUUUCUCUCUAUUUUUUAAGGUAUUUGAAUAUUUACUAUUACAGUCUGUAUCGGCUAUAGCGUACCCUUUUGAUUUCCGUGAUUUUAUCACUAUAACCGAUGCAUCACUAUAUGCGAUACGAUCGAUUUUUUUCGAGCGACACAUGAAAGGGAAGGACAUACUUCCAGCAUGGCGUUUUGACAAAUGAGCAUGCUGCAUAGUUGACAGUGCCCGCAUUUCCAUAAAAAAUUCUGUUUUGUACAUGUACAUGUGUCACUAUCAAAAUAAGCAACGUGAAGAAAGUAAAAAAUAAGGCCUUUGAUAUUAUUGCUACAUGUAUUUUAAAGUUAUCACUAUAGCCGAUAAUAAUAUAGUGUGUUAUGCAUGUUUUGAUUUUAUGUUGCCAUCAUAAUAUCCGAUAUAUCAUUACAUCCGAUAAUAUUGGUUAUAGUGAUAUUUGUACAGGAUAAAAUACGUUUUGCUUUUGAUAUUUCGUACCAAUAUCACUGUAGCCGAUAUAUUCUUAUAUCCGGUCACUCUAUAGCCGA